AUGGAGUUUCUCCGCGGAGCAGAGAGACAGAAAGACAGAGACGUUCGAGAGACGAAGAUCACGCUCGAUGGAGUCGGUGUGUGGAAAGGAGAAAAAUUCGAUUCGCCCGGCAUCCCGGACUCAGCUGGGUCGGUUUGCUCUCGAAAUUCCCUCGAAUCAGCUAUGGACGAAAUUUACGAGGAAUCAUUCCGGAGACGUUAGAAAUGAAAAUUUCUCGCUUCUUUUCACGCAUCAUCUCUCCACGUAUCCUCUGCUAUUUCCCAUCGACGACUGACCGAACGAAAUCGACUCCGAAUAAACUGUUUCCCUCCUCACCGGACGUUUGCCAAUCGAGAACUCUUCACGUCCUUCGUACCCUUUGACGAAACGAGAUUCAAUGAUCUCCAAGGUGUGAACUCGAAGCGGAUCUUCGUUUCCCACCGUCGAUUUCGUCGACUCCUCUCUGGUGCGAUCGUUUUCAAUCGCGCGCGACCGGUCGUCUUUCAUUCGCCUCGUGAUCGUGACGAACUACGAGCCGAAGGAAGCUUCAAGGAGGAGGAGAAGCUUUCUUUCAGAAACUGGAACAGCUUGAUAAGUGCAAUUAAUCUCGAGGAGCGUGACAUUAAUAGCGACUUGGGGGUCGACGGAUUAAAAAUUUCUGAUAUCCCAACGGGCAUGACAAACUCGUUCCGCGGGGACGAUUAAUUAAUUGUCAGCACUUUACUUUCCAACGAAUCUGUCCCGCUGUCGCAUCGUGUUCGCGAUUCGUUUUAUUACAGUUCUCCUCUGCAUUUCGUUGAAACGUUCAGCUACAAAUACGCUCUUUCUCGUUAAUAUUUACCAAAGGUUUUUAUCUCACGUGUAAUAAACGAAUGUGAAACUGCAGUCUGAUCCAGUGUGAUCAUCAAUAUCCACAUUUACAGUGAACAGCAUAACUGAUUGAAUAAAGAAAACUAUCGGAAAUUUGAACUAUUAGUAGCUUUAAUAUCGUAAAAUCAUAUAUUAUAUAAGAAAAUCAUACUUCGACAGUACUGAAUUAAUUUUUUUUCAAACAUGAUUUCGUUUCAUGUAAUUAAUGAGAAAAUGAGCACACUUUUCUUUGGAAAAUUCGAACAUCUUUAUAAAUAUUGAAAGAAAUUUUGUAUGAUUAGAUCCAUUAUGAAUAGAGUCUCUUCUUUACAACGAGCCCUUAGAACUUGACGUACGAUACUUUUUUAGCAUAUUUAUUAAAGGUUUUGGGAGAUCGAUUGCAAAGAGACGAUUUUGGUUUUGAAGAUUAUAGUGGGUCUAGAUAACAGAAAAAGAAUUUUAUAUUGUUUUUUGCAGACAUAUUUGAAUUGUUACAACUUUCGAGAAAAAGGUAUAUUUUUCCAUUCUAUGAUGAUUAAUGACGACUAUGACUAAUGAUGAUAUGUAAAAUCACCAAGAUUGUGAAAGUAGAGAGACCUUACGUUUGAAAAUGAGCUGAAGUUGUAUGAUUCCUUUCAGAUGAAAUUAUAAGCAGUUCAAAUAUCGAGAAUUUUUCGAAUGUCGGAAAAAUUGUAUAUAUAUAAAAAAAAAAAACAUAAUUCCUCAACGAUCUCGCGUAAUAUAGUGACGAACCUAAGUCGAAUUAAUUCUAUUUAAGUUCAAUCAAUCUUCAUUGGAAUGAUUAAACAAUUACCCACCAUUCGAUCGUAUAUUCAAUGAAAUUCCACUGUUAUUUUUGAACAAAAUCAAAAACAUUUUCAACAAAUAAUUUAAUAUGGCAGGAUAGUGCUUUGAAUUUAAGAUUCAAGUAUAAAAUUGAAAUUUUUAUAUAUAUUUCAGGAUUCUAACUCUUUUUAUUCAGAUAAUUUAA